UAAAACAAUACUUUAAGAAAUAAUUAAAUACACUUGUUAUUAACUAUACCUAAAAAGGUGGAUGAAAUUUUCAAAAUGAUUCCUUGUGUGUGUAAGUUUAUGAGGAGAUUGAUGCAGGCGUCAUCAAUCAAACAAGCUCUGAAGUGCUGUGGUUGGAUAUUUUUAUUCAGUUAUACAUUAUGGAUUUAUAUAACCCUCGAUGCGAAAGAACAGCAUACUGCUCAUAAAAGACAUAUAGCCGACAACUAUUACUUAAAUUACUUAAAUGAGUCUUCUUUCGCACGCGUUAACCAAGCACGUAUUCAUCGAAGCAGAAAUUAUGCAAUGAAAGCUGGCAGAAGCAGACGAUCACAAGGUUUUAAAGAACCCAAAGAAGGCAGAAUUGAAGCCAUAGACUUUCAUUUGCAACAUGGUCACAGGGUACCACUAUUGCAGAAGAUGCUACAGUCGUAUGGGCAAGAAUUUGGUAGACACGUCAAUGAUCCAAAUUUUAAAGAAAAACAUGAUUUCCGAGAUUACCAAACCCCAAUAUAUUUAAAAAACUUCAAAAACCCGUGCCUUUUCAAGAAUGCCAGUGUAGGAAGGUACACCAGAAGUCGAGGGAUCGUGCAACUCCGCUGUGUUCCGUACUUUAUGAUUGCCGGUUUUCCCAAGUGCGGAAAGACAGAUCUCUGGUCAAAGCUGAUACAACAUCCGGAAGUGGCCUGGCUACAUAUGAAGGAAAUUAACUUCUUUAACAAGAAACAGUAUGAUUUCGUUUCAAUUGAAAAGGCUGUAAAUUUUUACCAAGAUAGUUUAAGAGCUUCCACUGAGAAAAUUACAAGAUGUGUUUCGGAGAAAAAAGCAGACUUUCACCAGUGCAUUACAGGUAGUAUUCUCUUUAAGUGGUCGGUAGCAACUUCAGAGAAUGCCGAAAUGACAUACGAAGAAUUCGGCAUUCUUCGGAGAAGCUACUUUCAUCCGUAUGUUAUACAGAAUUGUCUUGAUUUUGUCUAUUUAGGUGAUGGUUCUUUUGACACAAUAUUCGACAACAAGUUCUGGAGACUGUUGCCGGGCAACGAAAGACAAACAGAACCUGCACUUACAAAUGCAAAUUAUGUUCAUAGAAUUAAUCCAAACAUGAAAAUAAUUGUUCUUUUGAGGGAACCAGUUGAAAGACUUUAUUCAGACUAUUUAUACAUGUCAUCGUCUGUCGGCUAUGUGUGCAGUCCUGAAGAUUUUCAUAGCACUGUGGUAGAUAGGAUCGGUAAUUUUACUUCCUGUCGGAGACAUCGUACUUUGAGAGCAUGCGUUUAUGACAUGUAUGAUGACUGGAACAUACAGACAUAUAAGGUACGCCUUAACGUCGGAAUGUAUCACAUUUUCCUUUCUGACUGGCUGAAAGUAUUUCCGCAAAAUAAUGUACUUGUUGUGAAAUCCGAAGACACACGGGGUCCAAAUAAAAUGCAAAUACUUAUGAAAAUAUUCAAAUUUCUCGGCCUAACUGUACCAUCAACGAAACAGCUACAAGACACUUACAGCAGCCGGUAUUAUACAAAUGAACGGAACAGAAACAGUAAACGGAUGCUAUCAAAGACAAGGAAACUGUUACAAGAAUUCUACCAGACUUUUAACCAACAGCUUGAAACAAUGCUGCCACAUAUACAUUACUAGGUUAUAUGUAACACGCUAUAUAUUUUGUUUAUUCAUACUUACAAGCAAAGCAGAAAUAGGAAUGAAUAAGAUUGUUAUCUAACUACAGUUGGCCAAUUUCCGUUAAUUGUACAGAAACGAUGAAACAACAGAAACAACAAGGAUUCAGUAUACCCUAACAAAAGGUACAGUUACAUGCAUAGGUUUUACUGUAUUGUGAUCGACACCAAAUAAUUUUUUCUUUACUUUACUUUCUGAAAUAAAAUGUCUGCAUUAUAUAAUAUGCUGUACUAUAAUUGUAAUUUGACAUAUUUCUGCUACACAGAUUCGAUCUCUAUAAUUUAAUGAGCCGGAUUGGAAACUGACAAAAUAAAAGUCUAUAUACAUGUACAAAGGAUGUAAUGUUUUCACAGGUUAAACUAAUAGCAAAUAAUUAUAAGACACCCAGAAAACGUGGUACACUCGCUUGCACGGGGGAUGAGAAACAAUAAGUAUACAAACUGAAUUGAAUUUGCACAUGUACUUACCAUUUAUUUUUUAGCUCAUCAGAGCACGAAGUGCUCAGGGUGAGCUAUUGUGACCGGUCAUUAUCCGGCGUGCGUCGUUCGUCGUGCGUCAACAUUUGCCUUGUGAACAUUAGAGGCAACUGUUAUGACCAAUAUUUAUGAAACUUGGUUAGAAUGUUUGUCUUGAUGAUUUCUAGGUCAAGUUUGAAACUGGAUCAUGUGGGCUCAAAAACUAAAUCAGUAGGCUAGAUUAAAAGAUUAUGAAACUUUGUUAAAAUGUUUGCCUUGAUGAUUUCAAGGUUAUGUUUGAAACUGGGUUAUGAGGGAUUAAAAACUAAGGCAGUAUGCCAGACAGUUUGAAACUGACUCAUGUGGGAUUGAAAACUCGGUCAGUAGGCUAGGUGAUCGAUAUAGGGCCAUCACGGCCUUCUUGUUAUUUCUUUGUAACCUCUUACAUUUAUAACAUAUUACGUUGAUCUUCGUUUCUUAUCAAUGUGUUAUCAAUAUAGCCCUGAAAUAAGAUAUGUCUCGAGUAGAGGCUAUAGAGGCCACACUUGUGACCUAAUCUUUAUGAAAGUUGUGAACACUCUGAAGGAUUCAGUUUUGACACAUUUUUAUGAAACUUGGUGAGAAUGUUUGUCUUGAUGAUCUCUAGAUCAGUUUCGACACUGGGUUAUAUGGGGUCACAAACAAGGCACUAGACCAGAUCAAAGGAACAUUUUGUUAUCACUCUAGAGACCACAAUUUUAGUGUUUGUCUUGAAGAUCUCCAGGUCACGUUUGAGUUUGAAACUAGGUCACCCAGGCAAAUUAAAGGGAAAGCUUGUUAACGCUCUAGAGGCCACACUUCUGACCUAAUCUUUAUGAAACUUGGUUAGAAUAUGUUUGUCUUAAUAAUGUCUAGGUUAAGUUUGGAACUAAAUUAUGUAGGGUCAAAAACUAGGUCACUAGGCCAGUUCAAAGUAAAAUAUUAACCCUUCAGAGACCACAAUUUAAGUUUGAAACUCAUGAGAAUAGGACAGAAUGUUUGUCUUAAUGACCUCUUGGUCAAGUUUUAAUCUGGGUCGUGUGGGGUCAAAAACUGAAUCACCCGUUCAAAUUAAAGGAAAAACUUAUCAACACUCUAGAGGCCACAGUUGUGACUUAGCCGUGUACCUUUAUGAAACUUGGUCAGAAAUUGGUCAAUUUGUUUGUCUUGAUGAUCUCUAGGUCAAGUUUGAAACUGACUCAUGUGGGAUUGAAAACUCGGUCAGUAGGCUAGAUCAACUCUGGUGAUCGAUAUAGGUUCAUCAUGGCCUUCUUGUUAUUACUUUGUAACCUCUUACAUUUAUUACAUAUUAAGUUGAUCUUCGUUUCUUAUCAAUGUGUUAUCAAUAUAGCCCUGAAAUAAGAUAUGUCUCGAGUGGAGUUGUUUGCCGUUCCCUUAACAAAAACUGGUAAUGAUUUUACGUAACAAUAUUUCACUACAGAAGCUAAAAGGUUUCGAGCGGAAAUGGAUCAGGUUAGUGGCUUUUUUAUAACCUGUUAUAAUUAUUACAAACUUGCCGACGUUAUGGGUUAGAACAAAAACACAUCAUUCCAACACUGUAUAAGUUGUAUUUUAAAGGGAGUGACCUGUAAAUAUUACUGCUAUAUUUCAUCACUCAAGUUACUGUCAGAUUGUGUAUUAUAGAAAAACAUGAGAAUUAGUUGUUUUUCACUAUUUUUUCCAGUCAAAAUGAUUGUCCUGGGAGCACAGAACGGUAGUUUACCACAAAACGUUGUCUAGUUGACAAAAAAAAUUGCAAAGGCAACGUUAGCGCAGAUUCAAUUUCUAAUUUCUUAUUUUUGAAAAUAGUUUAGAAAAUUUUUUUCGCGUUCUCUUGUUCAAAAUAUGACCAAGCUGCAGUUUUAAAGAAAGAUUUUUUUGCCGUCCGUUUAUUAUGAUUUGACUUUUUUGUCAUUGAAACAAAGAAGCAAGUCAAGCAUUGUCAAUUCCAAAAUAUUGACUUCUUGGUCUAUUGCUCUAUCGGCUCCGAGUUGUCAGCAUAGUUUGUUUUGUAAGUUGCAUAUCAAAAUCGAUUUCAAAAUUCAAAAUUUCGGUUUCAAAAAUCAAGCAUUAAAAGAGGAUUUUUAAGUCAACUUUUACUUUUUAGCUCACCAGAGCACAGAGUGCUCAAGUUGAGCUAUUGUGACCGGUCAUUGUCCAGCAUCCGUCGUGCGUCGUGCGUCGUGCGUUGUGCGUCAACAUUUGCCUUGUGAACACUCUAGAGGCCACAUUUGUGACAUUUGUGACCCAAUCUUUAUGAAACUUGGACAGAAUGUUAGUCUUGAUGAUCUCUAGGUCAGAUUGGAAACUGUAUAAUGUGGAGUCAAAAUCUAGGUCAGUAGGCCAGAUCAAAAGAAAAGCUUGUGAACACUCUAUAGGCCAUAGUUGUAACCAAAUCUUUAUGAAACUUGGUAAGAAGGUUUAUCAUGAUAAUUUCUAGGUCAAGUUUGAAAAUAGGUUAUUUGGGGUCAAAGAUUAGGUCAGUAGGCUAGGUCAGAGGAAAAGCUUUAGAACACUCUAUAGAGGCCACAUUUGUGACCCAAUCUUUAUGAAACUUGGUAAGAAUGUUCGUCUUGAUAAUUUUUAGGUCAAGAUUGAAAGUAGAUUAUGUGGGGUCAAAAACUAGGUCAGUAGCCCAGAUCGAAGGAAAAUGUUUUGAAUACUCUAUAGGCCACAUUUGUGACUCAAUUUUUAUUAAACUUCGUCAGAAUGUUUACCUUGAUGAUCUUUAGGUCAAGUUUGAAACUAGGUCACGUGGGGUAAAAAACUAGGUCAGUAGGCCAGAUCAAAGAAAAAGCUUGUGAACACUCUAUGGAGGCCACAUUUGUGACCCAGUCUUUAUGAAACUUUGUCAGAAUGUUAGUCUUGAUGAUUUUUAGGCCACACCAAAUUGAGGUCUUGUUUUUCGGAUUUUUUUCAAAAAUACUUGGGGCGAGCCUGCGAAAAAAAAAAUUUUUUUCAAAUCAUCAUUUAUUGAAGCGAGCGAAGAGCGAUGAAAUUAAAACAAAAAAAAAGGAGUAAAUAAUUGCUCGUGUAAUGUUUAACACCAAAUAUUCAUAAGCCGGCAAAAAAUGUGUGUGACGUAACAUUCAGACAGCAUUGUCUUUGGAGUAUUGAAUGUAUAAUGUGUGAUACAUACAAUAAAAGGUAAAAAAUA